GAUACCGGGACAAGGAGAGGGUCCGGGACUGGGACCGGGACCGGGACUGGGAUUAGGGUCGGGACAGGAACAGGGACCGGGAUCGGGAUCCGCUUCGGGACAAGGAGAGGGUCCGGGAUAGGCAUCGGGACCGGGACCGCGACUGGGAUUAGGGUCGGGACAGGGACAAGGACGGGGACCGGGAUCGGGACCGGAACAAGGACCGGGCCCGGAAUCGGGACUGGGAGAGCGACAGGGUUCGGGAUGAGGAUGAGGGCAGGGCUCGGGAGCGGUGCGGGGUCCCGCGGUGCCGCGGGUGUCACACGUGUGGGGUUAUAGAAUGGGGAACAGCCAGACCGCUUCUGUAGGAUUGUCUUAUGAUGCUGCUGUGAAUCAAAUACAGGACAUUAUUUCACAAAACUGUGUGGUGAUUUUCUCUAAAACAACGUGUCCAUACUGCAAAAUGGCAAAAAACCUCUUUGAGGGUUUGAAUGUGAAUUACACAGCUGUGGAACUGGACCUAAAUACAAAUGGAAGGCAGUUGCAAGACAUUCUGGAACAGAUGACUGGUGGCAGAACAGUCCCAAGAGUGUUUAUCAAUGGGGCUUGUGUUGGAGGUGCAACAGAUGCACAAAAGCUUCAUGAGGAAGGCAGACUGCUUCCUUUAAUUCAUCAGUGUCAAAUGAGGGCAAAUUACUGAGCAACCACCUCUAGCUUACCUUCGUCUUCCUUUGUACGAACAGAAUUUCAGAUGGAAUCAGCAGAUCACAGAUACAGCAUGAGCUGCAAAAACCUCAAACCAUGGCUUUCUGAAUUACAGAUCACUCUGACAGACUUUAUGGACUUGGUGAAUUACUUGGUGUCCUUGCCUCAGCUUUCCCACAACCCCGAUGGUAAUUAGCAAACGUUAUGUAACUCUUGGGGCUCUCAGUGAGACAGUGAUGUCAUGUCAUGGUGAUUACAUCCUGCUCCAGGGAAGCCCAGGCUCUGCUAAAAGAAUCCUGUGGGUUUUGCUGCACAUUAGUUUGCUUUCUAGCUUUGUCUCAAUAAAUUGUCAGUUUUAUUUAA